AGCAGACAGAAUGGCACCACGCAACGCCCGGCGGCGGUCUGUCUGUGCUCUUUUCGUCUGUGCAUAUCUAUCCAACGCUCUGAGGCUAAGGCGGGAUGGUGCUGAAGAGAGGAGGGUGGCCUUCACGCCUGCUUUCGGCGUCAGGAGGAGGACGGCAACGCCAUCCUCGAGGACACAGAACUUCUUGCGCAUGGAGAGCGAUGGGUGAGCAAGCAGAUCUAUGUGUGCUCCUGUCACUGCGUGGUUCUCUCCGGAUGUGUGUGUGUGCGUGGCUUUGCAGUGGCGGUCGUCGUUCCAACGCUCACGACACGCUUGUGUCGGCUCUCAGCGCCGACGGCGGCAUCGUUGUCAGGGUACGAUAUGUCAUAGGAUGAAGCAAACACAGCUUUCAGCCAGCCAGCGUGUGUGUGACAUGUAGGCUGUGAGUGCCCGCAAUUUAGUCCAGGAUGCCCUCAUUCGUCUGCAGCUGUGAGCGCAACGAGAGCACCAGGAUAGGCUGGGACGACUUGCCUGUCUGUUGUGCGUUGUGGUGUGGUGUGUUCAGGUCACCCGUCCCCGCACAGGCGUUGGGAGAAGUGGCUGUCUGCAACCUUUUGCUGGCAUCCGGCCUUAAGGACAGGGAACAGCUGCAGCUUACAAUCGCUGGUGGGCACAGGCAGACAGACAAGGCAGACAGGAUGGCGUAUGGUGUAGUGAUGCGUUCGGCAUGCAGGCAACGGGCCCAUCAGCGGCAUCACGUCAAUCGCUGACGGCCACGGGGACGUCAAGGCAAUGCUGCAGGGGGAUAGAAAGUUUACCGGACAACAAGACGGUGAGCAACCCCACAAGCACCAACCAGGACAAGGAUGCCUCUCAUACGGCCCCAUUUGUGCAGCGAGCGGCUCUCGCGAGAAGAGCAUCCGGCGGGGCAUCGGUAGGGGUCAGAUCCAGCUGGUGCGCAGCCAUCCUGACUGGAUACAGCCCUUCCAGUCCAUCACAGAGAUUCGCAACGUCAGCAUACCCAUCAAUGUGGCCUUCGCACUGCUCGAGACCGAGCAGCGGACUUCUGCCAUUGACGCGGGCGUGGAGGUCAGCGGGGCGCUGGUGCAGGCUGCUGCUGGGUACUAUGUUGAGAGGCUGCCGGACGCGUCAGAGGAGACUUUGCAAAGAGUGGAAGAGAACCUGAAGGUGAUGAUGCGCACACACGGGCACACACACUCAUCUGGUGCAUGUGUGUGUGUGUGUGUGUGUGGUCAGGGGUUGAAGAACGAUUCCCUCUCAACACUGUUCCGAAGCGGCCUCACGGCGCCCGACCUGGUUGACAGGAUCCUUGAAGGCGUCGGCGUAAUGCACGGCACCUACUCGACUGGCGCGCCGUCAUACAAGUGCUCAUGCUCACCGGAGCGGUUCCUCUACCGAUUAAAGGCGCUUCCGCGCCCCGAGCUGGAGCAGAUCAUCCUCAAACAGGAGAUCCUCGAGAUGACGUGCGCUUUCUGUGGGGAGGUGAGCCAUGACCCACACAGCACAGCACAGCACACCCUCCCUCCCUCCCUCUGUAUGUCUCUUGACUACUGGCCGACCGUCAUGUGUGUGGUGUCUGCAGGUCUACCACAUCUCAUGGGAUCGUGUGAGGAAGCUACUCGACAUCAGCGAGCAGGAGAACGAGUUAUGGAGAGAGGAGGCCCCCCCACUCGCCAACGGCACCAUCAGCCCACGGCCUUCGCCGUCGUCCGAGGCGUCGUCAGCGAUAGCCUCGUCGCUGCGGCUUGCAUCGCUCAACAGAGAGAGGGAGGAGCAGGGGAGGCUGGGGGGCGGGGGGGAUGGUGCUGAUGACACGGCGUAGGUGGAGAGGUCGAUGGGUGUGCGCCUGGGAAUGAAGCGAGAGACUUGUCGAGGUCGGUUUUUCGGUGGAUGUGUGUGGUGUGUGCGAGGCACGCUUGUCUUGUGUGGGGAGUGAUGAGAACCUUUUGUGUGAGUGAGAAGAGACCUGGUGCCUUUCUCCAUAGAUCAUGGUUACACACGGACAAGACAAGACGAGUCGAAUUGCAGCACACACACACACACAGAGAGACAGACAUGCCAACACAGGGGGCCAAUGGCCGGCAGUUCGGGACGAAUUAAAGCAC